AUGCAAUUUCUACGCGCAUCGGCCAACCACGAAGGGCUCCAAUAUCGGCCGAGUCAAGAGGAACAUCUAUGUCACAAGCCUUGCGCGCAGGCGGGCUGCAUUGCUGCCGCCGAGCCCGCCCUCUGUCAGGGCCCCCUGGCGGGCAUAUGGCGUCAGGGUAUGUGCAUAGGACCAGCUGCCCAUGCGUGCCGCGCACCGCGGCUCAACGGUCACGCGUCGCGCGUGACUCCCUGCCCUGCCAAGCGGUUCGAUCUGCAAUGUACCUCGCUCGUAGCGCACAGGGCACGCGUCCACACCACGUGGCCCAGGCCAGACGCGCUCGUAGCUUUGAACCACCACGCGUGCCGCACGCUCACUCCACGUAUGCAGCCCUCCCGCGCGCCGGCACGCCGUGGUCGGCCGCCGCUGUCUGCUCACGCGGCGCCCUAUCCCUCACAUGCCGAGUGGGCGCAACGCGUUCGGGACGAGUCGCUACCUGCGACGCCGCGCCGCGCCGUCUCGGGGCCGCCGCGCAAGCGCGGGCGGCCACCCAAGGCCGUGGCUCUCGCACGUGCCGAGGCGGCUGCGCGCGCACCCUCCGAGCCCGUAUGGAGUGUGACGCCACCCACCUUUCGUGCGUCGACGCCGCCGGCGCCUGUAUCCGUUGAUGCAGACGCUGCGUUGGAUGUCUUGCCCUCUGCACACGCGCCCCCUCCUGACCAUACCUUCUCGCUCGCACCCCAAGAGGUGCCACCGGCGAUGGUGUUCCAAUGCCGGUACUGUCUCACGAUCAUCGGCGACUCGUUCUCGUGGCUCACUGCCCAGCGCGCGCUCUCGAUGAUCGUGCUCAAGGAAGCGACCGACCGCGUUACCGUACAGCAUUCGCAGCUCACAAGCGAGGAGAUUGAUGGCGAGCCAUCUAUGUAUGUUCCGCUCACCUGCGCACAAUGCCAGCGCCCGCUCGGGCGUAUGUACCAGCAUACACCCAUCCCGCUCGAAGAGCUGCGUGGGGCGUUUAGCUUCCACCACAAUGCCCUGGUUGUCUAUCAGCUGGGCUCGACGGCGCAGCACGCCGCUUCGCGACCUGCGGCUCGCGCCGACCGGGCUGAUCGCGACGAGAUGGAGAAAGUACGUGCCACACGACGCUUACGCCAGAUCCGCACCUUGCUCAUGGUCAUGGGCGAGCGCCUUAUGCGUGUCGAGCAGUAUCUGCACCUCAGCCCGUCCCCUGCACACGAUACCCCACAUACGCGCUCGUAG